AUGAAUAUUUCUAGAACAACACUUAAACGUCAAAUGAGAGAACAUAACCUAAAAAACAAACAAUUAAACGUCAAAAUUUUACGGUCAAAUAUGUUAUUAAAAGAAUUAACAAAUGUAACCCAAAAAAUCUUUGGCAGUAAAAUUACUAGUGGUGUAACGAUAUUCGUUACUUUACUGGCAAUAGUAUUAGCUUUUUCAAGUCCCAUUGCAGCUGCCAUUGUUUAUUCGAAUUUCAUAUUGGGAAUAAUAUUAUGUUGGGUUUUAUUAAGAUAUAAAUCAAAAACAAACGUUUAUUUUCAAAGAUUAUUAAGCUUUUAUGAAAGAAGAUCGUCAAAGAAAGUUUUAAAACAUUCCUGUAGUAUCUGUGAUGAUUUAUCUUGUCAAAGACAUCAGCAAGUUAAAAGUGCUGUUCCCUGGAAAGACAUUUACAUACAAGAGGAUUUAAAUAAUGCUGUGGAGCAUUUUUACAAUAGAAUUAUAGAAAACUUUAUUACAUCUUGGUAUGGUCAACUCACGAGCAAUGAAGACUUUAUCUUACAGCUAAGAUAUUGUCUGAGAUAUGCUACAUCAUCAAUAGUUGGCAGGUUUUUAGAAAUUGAUGCCACUGAUAUUAUUCUAAAAAAAUUAGUACCUUGUGCCAUAAAACACAUAGAUGAUUACAUUUAUAUGCAACAAAUUGUCAAGCUACAAAACGCUAGGUUUGAUGAAGUGGCUGUGGAAUAUUUAGGGAAAAAUUUGCAUGCUGCCACUGUUAAUAGAAAGUACGAGUUGGAAUAUUUACAACAGCUUGUCAAGGGGAUUAUGAAUCAUGUGUUGCCUGAUUCAUACUUAAAAUGCAAAAACUUUUCCAUAUUAAUAAGAGAAAUUUUGGCUGGCUGGGUGUUUCUACCACUAAUGGAUGUAUUGGCAGAUCCAAACAUUCACAACUGGCUUGUUGUUUAUGCAGCAAAUUACAAAUAUAAAAAGGGAAAAAGGCAUAAAAGCUCUGAAAAGCAAUUGAUAGAAAUCAUGAAAAAUUUUGGCUUUCAAUAUAAUAAUAAAAAUUCCUCAUUUUAUAUGGGGCUCAGUAAGUUACAGAGUAACAGGGAUAUGUUUUAUUGCUUGAUGCAGUUUUUAAAGAAAAUGGAACAUGUUCAUUUAUUACAAUUUUGUUUAAAUGUUGAUGAAUUUAACCAAUUACUAUUGAAACCAGACCUUACCAAAGAACAGUUGGAAAAACUGCACACAGAUGCGCAAAAACUUUACAAAGAAUAUUUAUAUAAAGACAGUGUUAAUUACAUCAGAUGUUCCGAAAAUAUUUCAAACGAGUUUAACUCUUUAAUAAAAGAAGGGGUUCAUAAUAUUGCUAAACUUAGAACCUCUACGCCUCUGUUUAUGGCGUAUGAACACACUUUUAGCGUUUUGGAAAACAUAUGGUUGCCACAAUUUUACCACAGCAGUGAAUUUUAUUCGUAUAUAUGUGGUUCUAAAGCCAAUUCAACAUAUGAUAAAACAGUUAAAAGCUUGCCUUUUAAUUUUGGUUCUCCUGUAAGAGCAAGAAAAUAUAAUGAUAUACCCAUUCAAACCAGUACAGUUUCUAAAAUAAGUAGUGGUUUUGGUAAAAUUAAAGGGGUUCUUAAGGCAAAUCAACCAAUAGAAGGAGCGCUUUAUCCGGAAUGUCAUAAUUUGACGGAAAAUGGGACCGUGGAUGACCUAAUAUUUAAUGAAACUGACGGUAUAUUCAGGGAUCUUGGUUCAUGGAGACUGUUUAUCACAGAUUACAGACAAAGCCCAACAAGUAAAGACAUGUUCUUUAGAAUAAACAUAGUAAGACUGGACAAUGUACCUGAAGGCACUAAAAAGCAGUGGGAAAUAAAUCGUAGAGAACAAGACUUUUUUAGCCUUAAAGCAAAAUUAAUUGAAUUUCAUGGUGAAAGCGAAAUUUCAGACUCUCCUUUACCAUCAAGAAAGAGUAACCCAACUAUAGAGACAAAAAAAGAAAAAUACGAAACGUUUAUCAGAAAAUUACUACAAAAACCAUUGCUGCGGGGAAGCGAUUUAUUGUACAUUUUCCUGACAUCAGAAGAAGAUUUUACGGAACUCCUAGUAAACAGUACGCCAAUGGGACAAGAAUUAGGAAAUAUUUACCAGUCGGUAGCGCACAAGUUGCGCAAAGAAAAAGGGCAAAAUUUGGAUCCUUUCAUGACCGCGUUCUUGAACUCUACCGGAAAAUCCAGCAAAGGUAAAUUUGAUUGGGCAGAAUUUGGGGAUGAUAUGGAGGUACUGUCAGCAAAUGUAAACCGAGUUGAUCCAUUUCCAAAAACAUACAGAAACCAUAUAUUUAAUGAUAAUUUUGGAAUUAACUAUCAUUCUUUAAAGGAGGGAUCCAGUAGCUCAUUGAAUAUGGAAGGUUUGACUAACAGUAUAUUUUAUUUGAUGAAAUUUAUUUUCAAAGUUCCACAUAGUAUUUUACAAAUUUAUGCAAUGUUUUGUAAUUCAUGUGGUGUUUUAAUUGAUUUCGUUUUAAAACGUUAUAUUGAUUAUAAAUUGAAAUCUAGUUUAUCUCAAACUAAUUUGGCGCAUUUAAUAGGAUUGCUUGAAGAAGUGGUUUUUCAACAACAUACUUCACCUUUAAAAGAAGAGCUGGAGAUAAGAAAACAAAAGGCUUUCAAAGGCCUUGAGGAAAUGAUACAUCCUUGGAUAAACAAAAAAAUUUUUAAAGGCAGUUUGUCAAAUGGCAUGUUGGCCAUUUUGGAAAUAUUACAAAAUCCACAUUAUAAUAAGCAUUUAGUCUACAAUUUAUUAGAUAUUAUAUUGGUCGAAAUGUAUCCAUCUUUAGGUAAAGUAUGUGAUAAUAUUUAAUUUGUAUUAUAGUUAUUUUAUAAUAAAUUAUUUAUUUUAUUUU